GACAGUUAUCAAAUAUUGCUUCAAAAUAUCAUAUUGAAAUGCCAUUAUCAUGUUCUCUUGUCUGCGUUGCAGGUCUGACAAAUACCUUAGAAGAAGGUGAAAUUUUUAUUCAAUUAGAUAGUGAAGCCAAAUACGAUGAAAGAGGAAUGCGUAUAAGCAUAAUAGAAGGUGAUGUUUUACUUAGUUGUAAUCCGUGUGUCUUACCUUCUGAUGUUCAGAAAGCCAGAGCAGUCAAUAAUCCAUACUUGU